AUGCGUACAACAAUUAAUGCCAAAAUUCCUUUUGAUCAAAAUAAAGCCAUAAUUCAAAUAUCGAUAUCAUUUCAUAUUAUCAUUGCUCAAAUUGCCAAUGAAUAUUUUCUGACAUAUGUCAAUACAAACAACACUCCUUCAUCUGUUAUUGUAGUUCAGAUGAAAAUGGAACAACAAUGUUUACAUGUUCUACAAUUAUUUAAUAAUGAAACAAUAGCAAAGUAUUCAUUAUUACGUCGUGUUAAAUAUUAUUUACUCUGUAAAAAUAAACCUCAAUUAAAAUGUUUUCACGAUAAUGAAGCAUUCAUGUGUCUAUGCAAUGAAGAAGGAUAUGCAAAUUGUUUUCAUCGUCCAAAUUGUCCGCUUUCGACGUUCUGUGUUUGUGAAGAUUGUUUUUAUGGAAGUAAAUGUCAAUUUACUACAAAAGAGUUUGGUCUUUCUCUCGAUGCUAUUCUUGGUUAUCAAAUUCGACCACACAUAUCGAUAAAUCAUCAACCAAGCAUUGUAAAAAUCCCUAUUGCUCUAACUAUUAUCAUGUUAGUUAUUGGUCUUGUCAAUAGUAUUUUAUCGAUUAUAACAUUUCAAAGAAAAACUAAAGAUGAAUCAGGUUGUAGACAAUAUCUUUAG